AUGUACACGGCCACGCCGCGCACGCCGGGCACGCGCGCGGCGGUCCUGCCCAUGAGCCCCAUUCCGACCGCGGCUCGGUACGGCACGGGCGCGCUGUCGCCCGGACGGACCGGCGCCGGGGCGACGAGCAUGAUGCGGACAGCGGCGAGGGAGCGGCAGCGCGAGGCGGCCUCGCUGACCGCGGAGCGAGUGGGCGCUCUGGAGGACAGGAUCCGAGAGCUCGAGGAGCUCGUCAAGGAGAGGGACCUCGAGGUCGACAAGUACAAGUCUCAGAUGGUGCAAGUCGAGCGUGACUUCCAAUACAACGUGGGGCUGAUCCGGGAGCGCGACCAGGAGAUCGCGCGGCUCGAGUCCGACCUCGGGGCCGCCCGCCGCAACAACCAGGACCUGACCGCGCAGGCCAGGAACGCCGAGACGCGGGCCGCGCACGCCGAGUCCUCCUCUGGCGACGUCGUGGCGCAGCUCCGCACGCAGCUCACGACCACGCAGGACCGUGCGCGGCAGGAGAUCGAGUCCGCGCGACAGGAAGCCACGGCCGAGGUCUCGCGCGUCCGUGCGGACCUCACGUCGCACUACGAGGGGCAACUGCGCUCCGCGCGGACGGUGGAGAGCGACCUGCGGAGCCGCCUCGAGGCCGCGGGACGCAACCUCGACGACGAGCGAUCGCGCCGGCAGGACAUCGAGCAGCAGCUGGACCGCGCGCUGAUGGAGGCCGAGACGUCGGCGGCAGCGCUGCGCGCAGCAGAGGAGGCGCAGGGGCGGCUGUCGCGAGACAUCGAGCACCUGAACAGCGUGCUCCAGCAGGAGCAGGAGGCGCGCGCGAACGCCGAGCGCGCCCUGACGCGCGCCGAGGAGGACAACGGCGAGCUCGCGGGGCAGCUGCGGGCCGCGCAGAGCGAGCUCGCAGUGGUCGGCGACGAGCUGGCCGAGUCCCGGCAGCGCCAGGUGAACCUGCAGGGCCACGCGGAGGCGCAGGACGAUCGCGCGCGCGUGGCGGAGCAGCAGCUGGCGCAGAUGCGCGAGGCCGCGGAGAGCGAGGGGCAGUCGAGUUUGCGGUUGUUGGCGGAACUCAAGGGGCGCUUGAAUGACGCGGACGCGGAGAUUGCGUCGCUGCGGGGGCAGGUGCAGGCGGGCGAGCGCAGCAACGACGACAAGGAGCGCGAGAUCCGGGCGCUGUCGGCGCGUGCGGUGUCGAGCGAGGAGCGGGUGGCGGCGAUGAUGCGGCAGAUGGAUGAAGAACGUGAGCGCAACGAGGGGCACAUCCGGGACCUGGACGUCCGCGUGCGGGCGCGGUACGAGGACUCGAUCUUGCACCUGAAGCGGGAGCGCGAGCGGGCGCUGGACGCGGCGGCGACGGCUGACCGCAGGGCGGCGCGGGCAGAACAGGAUCUGGUGCUGGUGCAGGAGCGGCUGCGGGCAGCGGAGAGGGAAAUUGAGCGGAGCAGACAGCGGGUGGGGUCGCCGAUGGGGCGCAGGAGCGCUGGCGGGCACCGGACGUACGAGGCAGCAAGGUCGCCGCCGCGCAGCACGUACAAGUCGUACGGAGGGGGGAGUUACUCGCCCGCGCGGGGAGGUGUGGACUCGGGGGCGGCGCUGGACUCGUUCAUUGGCCGCGUGGAGGAUCUGGCGAAGGAGAACUCGAGCCUCCAGUACGACAUCGGGGACCUCAAGGACAAGCUCGGGCGCGUCGUGCUUCAGGACGCGCGCGAGAAGCUGCGCCGGAAGUCGAGUCCUGGCGCUGUCUCUCCUGCGCACGCCAGGGACCGGCACGACGCGCGGCGACCGUGCGAGUGCGACAGCCCCCUCGUCGAACGCAGCCAGGAUCCGCACGCCGACGAAGGCCGCUCGGAGACCGUCGACACCUCGUCGUCCGAGCUGUCUUUGGCACCCAGCGUCACGCGGCCACACCGCAAGGCCUCGGGCGCGUACCGCGAGCCGUGCGCGCGCGCGGCGGCCAAGGCCGCGAAGCACGCGAUCAAGAAGCGCGGUGCAGCGAUCGAGAAGCUCGAGCGUCUGGCGCUGGACCUCGCGAAGCCGGCGUAUUGCGUCCACCUCGAUGGCAACCUGCCCCGCGGGGACCCCGAAUACGAUUACGAGGCGCGCGCGGACCGCGUGGCUCGCAACGACGCCCAGCGCCGCAGAGAAGAGGAGAUGGACCGCAAGUUCGGGGACCUCAUGGGCGCCACGGAGCGCCGGCCGUACCCACAGCAGCGCGCUGCAUCGUGUCCGCGCCGGGCCCCGCCGCCGGACGAUGGAACGCCUGCGGGCUUGCUCGCGCAGACUGCUGGCCGAGCGAUCAGCCUAGGUCCGUCGAAGUCUCCGCCCCCGCCGGAGCCUGCAACGCGUACGCGGUUCGGCGGCCCUGCCGCUGCAAGGCGCGCCUUCGAGCCGACGGUGACGGCGGGCACGCGCAAGGUGUUGGAGAUGGAUCUGCGGGGGGCUGGGCCGCCGUACGAGGACCCCGUCGACCGUCUCGACGAGGCGAGGGGUCGUGUGCAGAGGGCCAAGGUGGAGAUCGAGGAAGCGGCGAAGCUGUCGCCGCCGUUCAAGGCCGGGAACCCGUCGCGGUCCUGGGCUGAGACGGGGCCGGGGACCGCGACGUUCGCGACGCACCUGCGGACGUCCAAGCUCGACAGUCUGCGCAGGGUGCUGGCGGACGGAAGGCGACACGCGGCAGCACUGCCCGCGUAG